ACGACGACGACGACGACGACGACGACGACGAUGGGAAUGGGGAUGACAACGGCGGCGGCAACGGAAAUGGCGGGGGAGGUGGUGGUGGCGGCGGCGGAGGCGGAGGCCAAGGCGCUGAUGAUGACAUGUACAUGUACAAUGACGAUGACUACUAUAAAGACGAUGACAAGGCUGACAACGGCAAGAAUGGCAAUAAUGGCAACAAUGGCAAUGGCAACAAUGACGGUGAAGGAGGAGGUGGCAAUAAAGACAAUGACUUCUAUGACUUUGACAAUGAUGAAAAUUCGGGAAGCGAGUCCACCUGGGAGAAAUGGAUUAAUUGGGCUACAGGCAAAGACGGAAGGAAUUCGAACAGUGGCAACAACAACGACCGGAACGAAAACGAUGAAGACGGCUACGUGGUGUCGAAUGAAGAUGUUGCUGAAGGCAACAACAAUGGGGAGAAUCCAAUGGAGUCUUUCAACAUUGCUGAAUGCAGCACAUACAGCAACCUGUGGGUAUGGGACUUGUCCUUCUCGUGCGAUUCAGACAAGUCUCUCGACAACUGCGAGUGCAGUUUUACGGAACAGCUGAUGGAGCAGCAAAUGAUCACUUGUGACGACAUGGAAGACUGUCCAAGGAACUGUCCUGUCUGCAAGACAUGCUUCCAGCUGGUCGGCUGUGCUCCAGUUCCCAACAUCUUUCAACGGAAUGGUAUCUCUGUCUCGACCGUCGCCGCAAUCUGUGCCGCCAUUGGGCUCUUCCUUCUUGCAGUUGCCUACUACUACGCAAGACGUCAAAUGAAUAAUGAGGAAAGCUCUUUAGAAGCUCAUCUACUUGAAAAGGAAACAGGUGGAGAAACGCCAGACAAGCCAACAAACGGUGGUGGCGACUAUGUCCCCGAAACGAUGGUAGGACCUUACCCAGACGUACCCGACUUUAGAUCUGACCUUUCUUCACUGGAAAGCCCCACGUUCGCAUCAGAUCAAUCACCAUCAUCGCAUGAUAAGCAAAAUGUGCCAGUCAAGGAAAUAGAGCUCUCGACGACACCUCCUCAGUCCGACUCCCGACUCGAGGUUGAGAGCAAGGAGGACGAGGCUAUCUUGAAGAGCGCUCAAAGCGGUGAAACUGAUUUGGACAGCAAGGGCCUUGCGGCGGAUUCCGAGGGUAACAGCAGUGCGUUGUGGGAAAGCAAAGACAAAGCUCAAGUGGACGAACCUCAGGCGGGUAACAAGCAAGACGACGCUCAGGCGGAUAGCGAGCAAGACAAUGCGACGGCGAAGAGCAAAGACGACGCUGCGGUUGACAGCAAAGGCGACACUACAUCUUCAGCUGCUGAAAGUCUUCAGAGCCAGUCUCCAACCAUCGGAAAUGUUGGAGCAAUAGCUCCUACAGGGGUAGCGACAACGGCAGCGUCGACUGCAGAAGCAACUACAACGGCAGCAAGCAACACAGUCGGAGUUGGUCAAGCGACAACCGGUGCGAAUCUUGGCGUAGCAGCUGCGGCGGCGGUGACUGCAGCAGCAACAACAACGGCAAUAAACAAUGCAGCCAGGUUGGGCCAAUCGGUGCGCCCUUCGAAGAAGCAAGAAGACGGGGAGGAUGAUGACAGUAGUCCUUCCAAUGCUGUCGCGGACAGCACAUCUACGGCAGUCGCAAAUCAAGUUGUGAAUUCUGACGAGGCAACAAGCAUGCCACCAGAGGAAGAAGCAGGAACAGCAGAAGAGAAGGAAGUGGGGGAUGAGGACGGCGAUUCCCCAUGGAUCGGAGACAUUGACUUAUCCUUCACUGAACCUGACGAUGACGACGAGGAGGAGACAGUCGACAAGACUGAAGGAGCGGGUUCCAACGAAGAAUCUGUUUGGCUUGUACCCCUUCAAGACCUGGAAGAAACUGCUGAAGAAGUCGUAGAAGCAUCUGGCGAAGCACCCAAGCCUGGGACAGAUAUCGAGGCAACAGAUGAACCCUCUCUUGUAUGGCUGGCGCCUUCAGCGUCACCGGCUGAGUUGGCCCCUGAAACGAAGGAUGACAGUUCCUCGGUGUCAUCUUGGUCACCGGAUGGAGAAAAUGGUCCUUGGCUGGCGCCAAUUUGAGCAAUCGAUGAUCAUACUGUAAAGAGUCGCAAGGGACGAACACAAUGUCGAGCGGUUAGAGCAAGACAGCAAAUGCAGCAAGCUAUACUAUAUAUAUGUUAGACCUUUCUUGCUGGCCAUUUUCAACUACAUGUAGUAGUGGUAUCUAUACCAGCACCGGCAGCCAACAGCCACCCACAUACUAGUACAGCUCAAAGCGUCCCUAGCUAGAAUUUCUUCGUGGGCGCGAAAACUCGUCUCUUUUUGCUACAUCUGUACCGGUACUACCAUGGCGUGAAGCAGGAUGUAUCAUGGGACGUGCUGCAAAUAGCAGGAGCCUCACCAUCCGAGCGCGUUCAUCUCAUCUUCAACUCCCUUGGACAGCACAGCUGAUUGAACGGCCAGAUUCACUGUCGGCUCCUCAAUUCAGUUGCAGCUUGCAAGUUGCCUCCCCCGCAACCUCGUGAUACCGGUACCACCGGUAGCUGCACUCAAAGCGUCCAAGGUGUGGCGAAACUGCAGGUUGCACUGGUGGUUUGGCAUCAAAGCGACAUUUGAAUCCCAGUUGCGAAUCAUCUUUCAGGUAGUUGCGGUAAACAAUAAUACAACUGCUUUUAACCUCGACAUAAGUUUCCCUGAAUUGG